GGGCCCAUCCUCGCUGAUAGAGAUCUGCGGAAGCCCGCGAACGACCGUCCCCGCUUUUCUGCCAAAGGCUCAGCGAAAGGCCCAGUUUAUUAUGGCGUUUUCUAGAAAAUGGAAACCGUGUUCAGCCUCGUCUCGUUAACCGUCACUAAGGUUUUACAGUUCUCCGGACUGGCGGAUAACAGGAAUGCCUUGAGGACGAAAAAGAUGGAGGAGAAAGCGUUAGAAGUGUACGAUGUGAUCAAAUCCAUCCGGGACCCAGAGAAGCCCAACACCCUGGAGGAGCUGGAGGUGGUGACGGAGAAGUGCGUGGAGGUCCAGGACCUUGGAGAGGACGAGUACCUCAUCAUCAUCAAGUUCUCUCCCACCGUCCCUCACUGCUCUCUGGCUACGCUGAUCGGCCUGUGCUUACAAGUGAAGCUCCAGCGAUGUUUGCCAUUUAAACACAAGCUGGAAAUUUACAUUUCAGAAGGAACACAUUCUACUGAAGAAGAUAUUAACAAACAGAUCAACGAUAAGGAGCGAGUGGCGGCCGCCAUGGAGAACCCCAACCUGAGAGAGAUCGUGGAGCAGUGCGUCACUGAGCCCGACGACUGACUGUGUGUGUGCGCGCGUGUGUGUGUGUGUCCACAGUGCCUGAAAAUAACACUCAGAGGACUUGUGAGCACCCUCCUGAAGUCGGAGGCUUUUGUUGGCACCGUGAACUGUGUCGGGGGGAUUCGGGGGUUUGUUUUGGAGGGUCUUCAGGGCGAACACGGAGCCGCGCUGAGCGGUGAAUAACGAGCAGCAUCGGAGGCUGGAAUUAAAUAACAGAUGCGUGUGUUGACUUUCUCAUCAUUCCCUGGCAGAGGGACUCAGUGAACGGCGGCGGGGCCUCGCUGUCGUCUGCUAAAGGUGGCAGGAGAUGCUGUGGGGUGGGGUGGGGCGGGGGGAGCAAACAGGAAACUGUCCUACUUCCAUCUCAUCAUUCAGACUCAUUCUGUGUGGAGAGACCGAAUCUGUGACUUUAUCUGCUUUUAUCUAAAAAAAGAGGAAGAAGCACAGAGCUGUUUCCUCCUUUUCUUCUACUGAUUGUUUUUUGCUGUUUGUCCUUUUCUAAAUGCACUUAUCAGGAUUUAUCUGACAGAAAAAGACUUUUGGAGGUGAUUAUAUUUUAAUAAGAUGUAAAAGUCUCAUUUACAGAAUAAUCGAGUAAUAAAAUUUGAUUAAAAGUG